AUGUCUUCCGCUUCCGAUGCUUCUCCGCCCGAUCCGUGCUGCAUCUGCAUGAGUAUGGACGACUACCAAGGAACGCUUCUCGUCCAGUGCGUGCGCUGCUCCAUCCGCGUGCACGUCAAGUGUUACGGCGUGAGUAUCGAGGGCGGCAACGCGGCGUCGUGGCUCUGUCAGGCCUGUGAGUACGUCACUUCGGCUCCAUCGCCGUGCCCGACGCCUCAGUGUGCCGUAUGCCCCAUCGCAGGCGGUGCGCUGCGUCUCACAGACCAGCGCGACGUCUGGUGCCACGUACUGUGUAUCAAUUGGAUCCCGGAACUAUAUCACAGUCUGACAGGCGUCAUGGACGAAGCCGUAAAGAUCUCGCUGUAUGAAAAAAGUCGCAGUACACUUCGCUGUGUGAUCUGCGGCGUGCGUGGCGGCUGCAUCCAGUGCGUCAGCGGGCGCUGCGCCAAGGCCUUCCACGUCGUCUGCGCCUUCCGAUCUCCUUCCAGUCUCGUCUUCACAGGCUACAAUUCACAGAACCAGCAGGUGUAUCACUGCAAGACACAUCUAUCCGACGUGGACACGACCAAGUACGAGAUGGUGGACAACUCGUGGCGUGCACUGCCCGAAGCUAAGAAAUACGAGGAGGAACACCCGCCCACGACUGAGCCCAAGUGUCGCUUUUGCGGGAAUAAAGUGACGUUACCCAAUAAAGAGGGCCACGAGACUCAGUGUCUGCUUGGGUGGAUGACUCGCUCUGAUGCGCGCAAGAGGAAGCAAGAACUGGACCGACUGGGCGUGAAAGCUGUGGAAAUUGUGUGCCAGGACACGGAAAAGUCACCAGCCAAGAAAGGCAAGAGGAGUAAGAGCAGCCCCAAUGCUCGCAAGAACACCAGAGAGACCAAUGGCAAGUUUAAACGACAGGAAACGCCCAUGCGGCCGUGUCCGGAGUGCGGCGAGCACAUCCGCGAGACGCUGAUGAUGGGCCAUAUGCGAAAUAGUUGUCCUAAGAGUAAGCACGCCAUGAAGCGCAAGAUGUCGCCCCGUAACGGCACCCAGGAGGACGUGGAGGUAGCAGACAUGACGGACGUGCUGUUCGCUUCGUGGCCUGGACAGAAUAGUGGAGCUCCAAUGGACUCGACGUACUUUUGGAAGGUCGUGGAAAGCCAUUUCUACAAGAGCAGUGUGCUGGAGAAGAAGCGCAUGGGGCAAUUAUGUAAGAGUCUGUGUGGUAUGAAGCUGGAGGAUAGCAUCAAGCGUCGACGGCCUCUGCAGGCGUCGGAUAUUCACUGUCGAGACACAAUACGGCUGGAGCGCAAUGCCGAGGACCCGACGCAGACUCUUGUGCUCCAAAAAUGUACGCACAAAUGCGAUUUCCUGAUGCGAGCAAGUCACUGUCGAUGUCUAAGCGACCCCCUCGCGAAGCCGAUGAUCGAGAUACGGCAUAACGCAGAGUGUACAAAGCCAAGGAGCGACCAGACUGGCGGUUCCGGUUCAGCUCACGUACCAGACGGCGCUGAGGCCAACAUGCGUGUACAAUUUAAGAACGGAGAGAACGCAAUCGUGGCUUGCAAGUACUCGAUGCGCGUUUCGCCGGAUAGCGACUCCAUGAAUCAGCACGCAGCAGACAACGGGACGUUCGCGAGCACUUUCCUGCAUGACGCAGUGUCGACGUUGGCCGGAUUUGACAUGCAGACGAAGAAAGUGCCUUUGGCUCCGGACGAUAAGCUGCUGAUCUCUUUGGAUUCCUGUGACCAAGUGGAGAGUGUACAGCUGGGCAACAAUGACGAGAUUAAUUCGCAAGCUAUGAGCAUUGUAUCUGUUCCUGCCGACACUUCGUUGACCGAUGAAUUUACGCCUGCGAUCAACCUGCUUCUGGAACAUUUGAAAGGCACGACGGAGCAAAACCGCAGUCGUAUCCGCGCGUUAUACAAGAAGCUGAAAUCUGACGAGGACAAAGCGAACGAGUUUCAGCUCAAGGCGCAGACAACGGACCUGUAUUACCGCGAGUUUGCAGCUUGGAAGCGACUAUGCUCGAGCUUGUUAAUCGGCUAUAGAAGGGGAGAGCAGCCUGAAAAAGACAAGAAAAACGCAACUGAGAGUGACGAACAAGGGGGAUCAACGGAAGACGAGGACGACGCCGUCGAUGACGGAACUUGCGUCGUGUGCUUCGAUGGCCAGUCCCCGGAAACGAAUCCAAUUAUUUUCUGCGAUCGAUGCGAGCUGGCAGUCCACCAGCGCUGCUACGGAAUGGCGAAAGUCCCUAGCAAUGAAUUUAUUUGUGAUCGCUGUCGAGCCAUGCGAGAAGGACUCGACCCAGCACGGGAUGUUUUCUGCCAGCUCUGUUCGUUAAGUGACGGUGCGUUCAAACGUACUAUUGAUGGGAAAUGGGUCCAUGUGGUGUGUGCGCUGUGGUGUCCGAAAGUUUGGAUUGGCAACCUGUUCGAGCUCUCGGAGAUUAGUCUGGUUGGAACCACAAGCCAAGUGCGGUUCUUGGACUCAGUCAAAGAGAUCGAAGCACGCAUCGUUCAAGCUUCGAGCGGGCAACACCAAACAAACACUCCGAAAAACGGAGAUCAUCCGGAGGUUCCCGCUAUCGAGUUGGGGAGUCUGUGCGUUCACUGCAGAGUUGCUUGUGGACGCACGGUCCAGUGUUGCCAUCCAGACUGUUCGACGUCUUUUCAUCCACUUUGCGGCUGGUACGACGGUCUGCCCAUGACGAUUUCGCUUGGGGACGAGAGAUACAUGUACGCUGGAGGCGGAGCAGGACUGAACUUCCAGAUGUUGUGCUCGGGACAUUUGCCCGAGCAUUAUCCUGCGUCCGAACAGCUUGCCCAACGACGUCGACGAGCGCGAUUCCGUAUCGAUUCGUACUUCGUUAUGCGAAACAAAGACAACUACAGCAGCGGCGCGAAGAAGCAGACAGACGACGCGUCUUCGUUGCUGUCAGGAUCGAUUGUCCAGGCUGUGCUUUCUGCGGAGAGCAAGUUAACUGCCACCGAGACUGACUCUACCGCGACCGAUUGGACCGACCUGACCGUCUGCUCUGCGUGCUUUGAAUACUGCGCGCCUCUUGUUGGAGAACUCACGGACGUCAAUAUGCUGCAUCGAAGGCAGUUUAUGAUUCGGUGUCAGUACUGCAACGUCUACAUCCACCCAGAGUGCUGUAUCUCCGACAUAGGCUCUUCCGCCACGAUCUUUAGAAGUAACUGGAUCUGCGAGCGAUGCACACAAACGGGUGGCAAUGGGACGCCCGAGUGCGUCGUGUGCGCUAAAGCCACCGACUACUUGAUGCCGUGUAUCGACCCUCCUGUCCCAGUGAACCAGGCGAACGGGAAAAGUCAUACUGGCUCAAAGGCAGCGAUCACAGCCAUUUGCCCAGCGGCAGGUGGAGGCCAGCAACUUUGGCUACAGAAUAUGCAGCGACAGGUGGGCAACAGCAAACCUCCAUUACAGCCAAAGGGACCGGAAAGUAACGGGGUAACCUCCCAUCCUUCGCCGAAUAAAUGGAUCCACGUGUACUGCGGCAAGUGGCAGAAAGCGAAGACAGUCAAGAGACAACACAUGCUCUGUGCGUAUACGCCAGCGCUGAAACCCGAAGGAAUGGCGACAAGAUGCGAGUUUUGCGACAAGAAGGAGGGGCUGCUUGCAAACUGCGCGCAAUGCUCUCGUCGCUUCCAUCCGAUUUGUGCCGCACAGAAGAAACUGUACUGCGCUCGAUCGAAUCGCUCAGACUGGAAGUUUUAUUGUGAGGCGCAUCCGCCGCCUGACGCAGCGUUCGAUGUGAACCGCCAGUCGUGGAUCACGCAGGAGAUUUUAGGGCAACUACAAGAUCUACGUCGCUCCCUCGAGCGUGGAAGAAUGCUGCUUGAAAUGUCCCGACAGCGAGAUCGUCAACACAAGCGUCUGCUGAAUCUUUGCAAGCUUCCGCUCAUGGAGACUGUCAUUGACGUGAUCUUGAAGAAGCGGCCGACACCUCAAAUGAAGGAAGUGUAUCGCGAACUGACAGGAGAGUCUUUGACGGACGUACCUCAUCGUGCCAAGGUGGCUCCAGCAGCCUCACGUAACUCGCGAAACCGGGUCAGAAACAGUCGAGCAGCUAAGCGCUCGGCGUCGCAAGCUGCAGCUGCGCCCGAAAGAAGUCCGAAGCGCCGACGAACGCGUGCGGAUUCGGUCGAUUCGAGCACUGGUGAGCAAACGCCACGACGGAGUUGUCGACGGAAGCCCUUACGCUUUGAUCAAGAAGGCUCCGAGAACGAGGACGAAGAGGAUCAAGAAGAUGAGGCGGAGGCUCAAAAGAAGGUGUGGGAGAAUCUCGCUGUGCCCACGGAAGUCGAUGAUUUUGACUUUAUCGUGGCUGAACAUUACCCUGAGCUGGUGUUUAGCAGUCAUGACGGAUUGGCGAGUUUGUUUGCCAGCCCAGCGCCGUCGACUGCCGGGACAAUCGAGAGCAGAGAGGAAGUCCACAACUGCGAUGAGUGGAAUCUAUUUGCCGACGCUGCCUUGGACCCGUUCGAGAUGGCUGACAAUGAGGACUCGCGAGACGAUCAGAGCGAUGAGGAAGCUGCUGAGCUGAGUGUGGAGGGCGACGCUGCUAUCGGUUUGGAGACAUCUCAACAGGACGAUACCGAGAGACAGGACACGUCGGCGAAUGACGCAGCUAUACAGAUUCCCCCGUCUCCUCAAAUCGAUGGCAAUGUCGUUUCGAACUCAGCCGCUCCGCUUAAAGGACCAGCGCCACAGCGCGAGGAGAGCGGCGAUGUGCAUCGGCGAAUCCAAGUUGUCGUUCGCGUCCGACCUCCGUCCAACGGUGAAGGCAAAGUCGUCGUCACUGCGGGUGUGAAGGAGGGAACCAGUUUGUGCGUCCAAGCGACAAGCACUCAGGGUGGCAGCAGUGUCGUGACGGAAUGCACAUUUGAUCGGGUGUUCAUGGGUGGUGCGACGCAAGAAGACGUGUUUGCAGCCAUCGAACCGAGCGUACAAGCGUGUCUGGAAGGAUACAACGCCACCGUCUUCGCAUACGGCCAAACUGGCACAGGCAAGACACACACUCUAUUCGGUCAAGACUUGGAUUCUCCUAGCGACAAGAGCAAGUGGGGAGUUGUACCUCGCACACUCCGCUAUUUACUAGACCAAGCAGCGAGCUUAGAGCAGAAAAGCGGCCAAGUCGAGCUGCACUUGAGCUUCCUGCAGAUCUACAACGACCGUCUCUUUGACGUCCUCACGGAUCGCAUGAGACAGAAGCCUCUGCUUCUACGGGAGCAGCCAGCAAUAGAUGGGACGACUUGCAUUACCGUUCGGGGCCUAUCCAGCGAGAAGAUAACGUCGUUCUCGAACGCCAUGCAGAUUAUCCACCAAGGACACACCCGUCGCUGCGUUCGUGAGACCGAGUUGAACUUGUCGAGUAGUAGAAGCCACGCUAUCGUCCAGCUCAAUGUCACGACGCAUUGUCCAGCGCUUAACGGAGAGGGGCGAGUUCUUCGAAAGGCGAGACUGAAUCUGGUGGAUCUCGCGGGCUCGGAGAAGUGGAAUACUGACGUGGAAAUGGAAGAUGUGCACUCACAGGAGCUGAAAAACAUCAAUGCGAGUCUGUCAGCACUGGGAAACUGCAUUGCAGCAUUGGCCGAGACCGGCAGGAAGCACAUUCCGUACCGAGAUUCGACGUUGACGCGCGUGUUGCAGGACUCUUUCGGAGGGAACACGCAGUCGUGUUUGAUCGCUACGAUCAAUGCAACACAACAGACGAGUGACGAGACGAUUCGAACGCUGCAGUUUGCAGAUCGAGCGAGGUGUGUGCUGCAGACAAUUCGUGUGAACGAAGUAGCGGAUGGCUCGAGUGAGCUGCUGAUGGCCAAGAUUCAGAUUGUGAAAUUGCGGGAACGAUUGGAGAGUGAACAGCGAAGGAGACAUGACGUACGCGUAAAGGAGCAGCAGACCCUGCGGAGAGACUUCCAGGAAAUAAUUAAAGGGAAAGAUAACGAGAUCACCAAAUUGACGAGGGAUAAUGUAGUUUUCCAGAGAUGGAGAGACGAGGACGUAAAGAAGAUCCGCGCUCUUGAGAGUCGAGUCAAGCACUUAGAGCAGAAGAUCGACUCGAGUGACGCUGCUCCCAGCACGGCAAGUCAAGGAUCCAAACGACAGAGCUCAUCAAUUCCUGAAGCGACCAACACCCAAGUGCGAAGAACCCGGUCGCGAACGAAUCUUACGAGAGCUGGAAGCGACCAUAGCGCCGCUACUGGAACGUACAAUCAAGAUUUAGAACGCUUCACACUCGGCUCCAGUAAGGAGCAGCAAACAUUAGAAACACAACGCAAGUCUGCGUUCGGCCAGAGUGACCCAGCCCACGACGCAACCAAUCAAGUUGAAGAUCCUGCCAGUGCCCAGUCAGCUCUCGACAUGAGCUCCCCGUCCAACCACAAACCGAACUGGAAACCUCCUCAUGGUGGCAGAGUCAACGUUUCCAGAUACCAAGCCUCGGAAUUGUGUGUCUCGCCAAUAAAUCACUGCUCAAGUGAAAAAGCCGUGCCCUUAGCUUCGGCUUACACUAUCAAAACCGAAUGGACGUGCUCGAUACAGACGUCGAAAUCAACGCCAGCCAUUUUGAUCCAUCAGCAAGAACGCAACCAGAAACGCGCCAAUGCGAGCUCAAUAAAUGGCUACAGUAGCUCUGUUCCGAGACAAGAGACCUUAUCAUUGGUGAAGAACGCUAGCACUGGAAACCUCAGCUACAAGUUGCCUGCGUGUGCACCAAUAGUCAGCACAACUGCAACCGAGCAGUGUCUGAAGCACAAACUCGCCGGGUGCAUGUUGUGCUCUGUGGCGAACGGCUGUCGACAAACGCAAGCAAUCGCUCGACAACCAGUCACGACUGGUGCAGUGGUACUCAACUCACCUGAAAUGACCCGGAAAUCGCAGGAUGGUCCCUGUGAGAGACAUCAACUGCUACGCUGCUUCAUCUGCACUAAAAGCAGCAGCGUGACUUCUUCCUCGGGUCAGGCAACAGCGGUCUCUGCUUGUGUCUUAUCUACGAGUAGCAUAACAAGUCGGAGUUGCCAGAAUUCCCGACUCCAAGGUGAUACUCAGUCCAAGUGCGCUCUCCACUCGCUCGCCAACUGCAUUCUGUGCGCUGGGGUCAAGGCAAUGACCCGCAAGGUGGUGGUCCCGAGUCCUGAAGCGUCGCUAGCUACAGCUACUGCUGAUUUUGAGGCGAGAAGUGCAAUGCACGUGGAAAAGCGCCAUUUGGAUCGAUAUCGACGAUACACGCUCGAUGAAAGGAUACUCGACUAUCCAUACAAGGCGCAGCCUAACUGUAAGCUAGCGAAUCAAUGGUGA